UUCUACAUCAACCGGGCAUAUACCCUGUUUUUUUAGCGUGAGUGAGUCAGCGAAAGAAACAAGCAACUUUGGACUGGCUAUUAUUAACAAGAAACGUAAUAAAUCGCGUAUAAGAAAUCAAUUGAAGAGCCAUUGGAUCUUCCAGAAGUGAUAAACAAGAGAGAAAAGGUCCGAUCUGACCAUUUUUCUCUUUGUACGUAAGCCAUUUCGCCCAUAUGGUAUGAGUGUUACGUAAGAUAUUUUCAACAGUUUGUAGCGCAUUCGUGAAAGAUCAUGCCUCCACCAGGUCCUGUUGAUCAGAUCCAUAUAAAAGUUACAACACCUGCUUUGAUUGGAAUAUGCCUCGGAAGUGCUUUCUUCCUCGUCACACUCGCAGCCGUGACCUGUUUUUGUUACAAACGUCGAUCACCAAGCGCAUCGGCACAGAAGCUCAGUUCAGUCUUCAAAAAGCACCACCCUGAUAAACCUCUCGUUUUGCGAAAGCCGACAGCGGUUAAAAGCCCCAGUAGUGGUUCGGUCAGUGGGUCAAUCUUAAUUAAGAAAAGCCCCAGUCCUACUCAGCCGAAAAUCUCACCACCUGGCACCAGAACUUCACCAAGUGGAGGAAACAAAUCACCUUCGAGCAGAGAUGCUGACAAGUGCUUGGUGGGUUCGAAUCAUUCGUCAAGGCAAAACUCACCCAUCACUGAAGACAAGAAAUGCAUUGACAGCGAAAAUGAGAAGUUGAAAAACAACAAAAAUGAAGAGCUGGAUGAGUGUAAGGAAAAAGAAGUUUUAGUUGAAAAGCUAUGCAAGCUAGGACAAUUACAUUUCAGGUUGAAGUAUUCUUCCGAAAAGCUAUCCCUUCAAGUCAAUAUAGUUAGAUGCUCAGAUUUACCUCCAAAGGAUUCAAACAACGGGUCUUCAGACCCUUACGUGAAACUUCAACUACUUCCUGAGAAACAACAUAAAGUGAAAACGAGGGUUCUCCGAAAAACCCUUGACCCUGUCUAUGAUGAAGAUUUCACGUUCUACGGCAUCACCCCAAACCAACUACAGGCGACCACUCUCCAUUUCGUAGUCUUGAGUUUUGACAGAUACUCCAGGGACGACGUCAUCGGAGAGGUUAUCUGUCCCCUAUCUGGAGUAGAAAUAGAAGAUUCCGGGAAACAAGUGGAAUUAGUUAAGGAAAUCACACCUAGAAAUCUUAAAAUCCGAUACCAAGGACGUGGUGAACUUUUAGUUUCGCUGUGCUACCAACCGGCGGCUAAUAGACUCACAGUUGUGGUCUUAAAAGCACGUAAUCUUCCCAAGAUGGAUUUCGCUGGACUCUGCGAUCCAUAUGUAAAAAUUUAUUUGCUCUACAACAACCAAAGGAUUGCCAAAAAGAAGACACAUGUAAAGAAGCGAACUACCAGCCCAGUCUUCAAUGAAUCUUUCGUAUUUGAGGUUCCUUACAAUGAGGGUCUCGAGAAUAUCAGCUUGGAGUUUUUGGUUCUCGAUUGGGACAGAGUCACUAAAAACGAAGUUAUUGGAAGGCUAGAAUUGGGCCCAAAAAGCGGAGGCCCCGCACAACAGCACUGGAAUGAAGUGUGCAAUGCUCCUCGUCGUCAAAUAGCAGAGUGGCAUAAGCUGAAAGAAUGAUAAAUCCCAAACGCAAGAGAACUGUUUGAAAUGUAAAUAUGUAUAUGUGUUUAGUGUAAAUGGUGCACCAUUAGCAUCUGAUAUUAUUUAUGUCUGUUGAUUGUUCGUGGUUUAUCAGGGUCAAUUUAAAAUUUGUUUCAUGUAGUUGGUUGUAAUAUGAAAGUAGGCAUUGAACAGUUGAGGAUUUUAGUGGUAAAGUCUGGAAAUUGUUGUGAUGUUUUUGCGGAAGAAAAAAAACCCAUAACAUCUUUGUUGAAAACUCAUUCGAUUGAAUAUUUAACCAUUAAUCUUACAUUUAUACCAUAUUUGCGUGCAAUUUUUCCAAACCAGUUAUUUGCCGAAAACAAAUGUGUUUUAAACUGGUAAAGGAUAGUGCUGUAUUAUUUAAUAUUAAAUGUUUUUAUUUUUAAUGCUAAUUAACAGUCUGUUUGAAUAAAAAAAACAUUGCAGACGUUUAAGUUACUGCCCAAUUCUUUUAUCAUGAAUGCUUCAUAUGAUUCUAACAUUAGUGUUUAAAAAAAAUAAAUUCCAACCAAAUUGAAAACUGAGUAAAUGUUUUUGAGACUCAGUUCAAUAAAUAUUAUUAAUUGAGUUAAUGCCAUCCUGUAAAACAAAAACAAAAUAAAACUAAUUUGGAUGGGCAAUGAAAAAAAAAAUAAUAAUUUGAUAAAGCUAUAGAUUUAUACCGUU